AUGAUGAGUGUGUCAACUACUGCUUGUCAAUGUGCUUUUUAUCAGUCUUUGAGUUUACCAUGCCGACAUUUGUUCGCAUCCCGAAAAAAUUUUAGAUUGAACUUAUUUUUGAAAGAAUUAUGUCCGACAAGAUGGACCAAUGAAUAUUACAAAAAAAAUUUUAAAGCGUUUCAAUCUACGGAAUCUAAAAAAUCGGUGAAAGAAUCAGAAAAUAUUUUUUUUAUUAGUGAUGAAAAUUCGAACGAAACUGAGGUUAACAGUUCAUCAAUUAAUGAUAUAUUAGUUGAUCCUGUUCAACACAUUCAACUACCAACUGUCGUUAAAAAUAAAGGAAGACCAAAAGGGUCAAGCCUAACAGCCAUUGGUCGAUUUAAAGCAAAAACACUUCUUGCAUAUAUUGAGAAGAAAAAAAUUGAUAAGCUCAAAACCAUGAUGAAAUGGCUGCUUUUACCUAAUGAAUUAAUUGAAGUAUUAAUGAACAAUGAAUAUAAAAUUCAAUUAAAGGAUUUAACAAUUACCGGCUCAACCAUUGGAGAUAGCUUCAUGGAAGUAAAUGUAAAUAUUGAUCUAUUAAAAAACUAUUGCACAGAAGAAGUAUGGGAAAAAAUUGCACAGUGGAGGUUUGUGGUGAACAAACUGUUUUUUGUGAUUGCUGCUGUUGCUGGUACGAUUUUGAUUGCGUCAAAAUAUCAAAAACACCGAGAACGAAGCAUUGGUUCUACCCUGACUGCCGAAAAAGUCAGUUUCGAUAAUUUACGCCUGAAAUUAAAGUAA